GUGGAUGUCGCUCCAGCGUUGUUGCCCGCAGUAUGCCUCGGAGGAAACGGACCACACCUCAGAACGAAGGACAGAGAAAAGUUCGUCGCGCUGAUGAUAAUCAGGACGAGGACACGUUGGUCAUCUCUGACUCCGAAAAUGAGCAGGAAGAAAACGCUGUCGUCAAAAUGUCGCCAAGGGAAGCGCGGAGGAGGGAAAGGGGGAGCAGGUCACAAAUGCAAGACAUGACUGAGGAAGAGAUGUUGGACCUGGCUAUGAGACUGAGUAAACAAGAGGCAAGCAGUGCUGCCCAAAGACAACAGCUGGAAGACGAUGACAUGAGAAAAGCCAUUGCAGAAAGUCUUCAUGUCAGCCAAAGCGAAGCUUUGGACGUGACCUCUGAACCAGCUAGCUCUACGACAAAGCCUAGUCAAGACCCAGUCACUGUGACCACACACUUGAGACGCAAGCUCUCCUUCCCCUACAAGACUGAGAUGACCAAGGCCAGUGACGAUGAGGUUACCUCUGCAGCCGAAAGUGGCGAGCACAGCGUGCAGGAUAUUAAGCCACUGCUGCCAAUGCCUGAUCUGUCUCAGCAGACCCUGUCACAGCCCUCACUUCCAAGCCCAUGUCUGCCUCCUGUGCCUUCUACAACUUCUCAAGAAUGCUACUGUACACAGUGGAAGGAUCCAGAUGAACAAGUACUUAAAACAGAGUCUCUGGAGGAUGAGCCUUCACAGAGCGACUCUCAGGCCCAGGGUUCCCCUAUUUUUCUUCAGCAGUGUAGUGUAAGACUGAACCAGGAUGCAGUGAUCACCAGCAGAGCUUCAUGGAAUCCCCUGUCAGUGCAGGACAGUUCUCUCAGCUUAACUUGUCUUGAUAGCUCGCAGCUCACCCAUCAGCAGAACCCAUCCCCUUAUAAAAGCCCUGUUUUUGCUAAGACAGACCCUAAAGGAAGUAUUGAAUUGACUAAGGACGAGGUUAGUUGUACCCUUAAAGAUAAUUUUGUAGGCAAAGUAUGCACACCUAAAGAAGAAGACUCAGAAAAAGCUAAAGAAUCUUCAAGCCAUAAAAAACAACUUCACGAAAGCAGGGAUCCUCGAAAACGCCUUUCACUCUACAUAAAGUCUCAGCCUUCACCUCACACUUCAGUGCCUGAUGACGGUGUUGGUCCAGAGCAGGAAACAGUACAGCCAAAACAGUUGAAGGAUGACUGUCAUAGAGCCAGCUCAAAUGCUGUUCUUGAGAGAUUCCCAAAUUCAGAGAAGAUGCCUUUGCAUGUAGAAAGCCAAUCUUUGGGGGAGUUCACCAGUCAUAUGGUCCUGCAUUUGUCAGAUGAUGAUGAAGAAGAGGAGGAGGAGAAGGUUGUUGAUCCAAGCCCUGUCUUCCACCAGGAGCAUGUUCUACGCCCAGGCCAUUCAAGGCUCUCUCCAACCCAGCCCUGCUGCUCACCACCUACUGUCGCCACAGCACAAAGCUGCUCCUGUACACAUGAACACUCCACACAAAGCUCUGAUUCCCAGCAUGUAUGUGUUCGGAGGAAAUUCACCUCCAAGACUACUUGUCCAGCCGAGCCUGACCAGCUAGAAGUUGGCUUCCUCAAAAAACCUGCCUGUGAUUCUAGACAUGCACACCUGACGGACGGGAAAGGGGAUGGUCUUGUGUCUUAUUACUGGGGAGUCCCCUUUUGCCCCAGGGGGCAAAGCCCCGAUGAUUAUACAAGAGUUAUCCUCAGCCAGUUGGAGGUGUAUGAGAAGAGUCUGAAAGAAGCCCAGCGCCAGCUCCUGCACAAAGCAGAAUGGAGUCUGCCACUGUUCCCGUGUCCAGCAGAGAGGCCAUUCGGCAGGAGAAUGAAGCGCCACAGAGCCCCUCAGCUUCUGGAGGAGGAAGAGGAUGAAGAGUCAGAAAAGGUGAUGGAAGAGAAAAAGAGAGAAUUGGUCGAGGAAGAGAAAAAGAAAGAAUUGGACGAGGAAGCGGACGAGGACAGGGCAGAAUCCCGGGGGGAUUCAGAGAAAGAAGUGGAACAUGGACAAAGUGAAACAUAUGUGGUGGUCUCCUCUCCAGAGACGCAGGUGGAGCUUGUGCAGAACUCCCCUUUGCUCAUUGGACAAAAUGGGUCUUCAAAUGCCAUUAAACCUUCCAGUUGUACAAAGUCUGGUCCUCAGGAUCUUUCUGAUGACACCCAGAUCCAACAGCCUGAUGAGCAUGAAGACAUUCAAAAUGAAAAUUAUGAUGAGGAGAACACUGUGUGUCCAGAAACUCAGAUGACUGAAGACAACACACCAGAGCUGAUGGUGACAAGUCCUGCACAGCCGCAGUCAUGGGCAGAGAGUGAGGUAAUGGAGGUGGAUGAAGGAGAAGCUGCUGAAGAGGAGCGAAUGGAGCAAGAGCAGGCAGAGGAGGAGGAGCAGCAGCAGCAGCAACAAAAUGAGUCGGCACCUGCUCAGAGCCAGAAAGUGGAAUGCCCCAUGUGCUCUCGCCUCUUUCCCAUCAGCAAGAUUGAGGUGCACGCUGCCUACUGUGAUGGCAACACAGAGGACCAGGAACAACAGGAUGACCUUUCACAAAUGCUUACAUUGCGCAAGAGGACCAGAAGAAUACCAACGGAAGAGACUUUGUCGGGAUCAGAGAACAGGUCAGAGCAGCGAGAGAAAUGCUACCUGUGUCAGAGGUUUUUCCCAUCCAAGCAGUACAGCCAUCAUGUGGAAAAGUGCCUUCAGCAGAAAGGUCCCAGAAAUAAUCAGGGAAAUGGUUUGCUCUCCGCCCUACAUCAGGCAGAACGAGUUCAUUUAGAUGAUGAUGACGGAGCUGGACCAUCUGACAUUACAAACAAAAACCACGGUGGCCUUGCAGACUCAUCAGAGGUGGCUGAAGCUGGUGGAAAUGGAAACUGUCCAGCAUCAGGUUUUCACGUGAGCUCGUCUCCCAUCAAAUCCUUCACCUCAAUAUCCGAAGCUACAGACUGCCUCAUAGACUUCCAGCAGCAGUACUCAGCCAAGUCCAGCCAAAGACUUGGAAGGAAAAGGAAAUUUAAGAGAUAGCAUCUAUAUGCUCUAUAAAUAUGCUUUAUAACAAUGGUGUCUGCUUUUUAAAAUGCCAAGUCUUUUUUGUAUGCCAUUUUUAUAAUUAUAACGUACAAAUACAAUUAAAUGUUUUCUGUAAUGUUAUAAAAGGUGCUUUACCAUUCCAUCUUUAUACUUGGUUAUUUUGAUUGUAUGUCUUGUGAGGUAAAAAGCAAGCAAAGAUUUAUAAUAUAAAAUAUUCAUAGAAUGGUUUUAAUUUAAAUCAUUUACUCCUGCUGUGACAAAAUGACCAGAUGCAUCUUCUUAAAGGAGAAAAUUACAUUAUUUAUGAAAGAUUUAUUGCAAGUGAUGAUGGACUGUUUUCAUUGUGGAGCUCUUUGAAUGCUGCUUCAAUCCAUAUCCAUGUCAUUCCAGCAUGCCCAGCGUGGUUAUUGUUGUAAUCUUAAUUCAGAAUGGGUUAUCAUAGCCAAACAAACAACCUUGAAUGAUGACAGUUGGCUAAAAUGAGUUGGCCAAUGUGAAUAAAGACUAAUUUUGAAAUUUAA